ACGGCGCGGGGUCGCCCCGUCAAUGAAGCGGCGUCGCCGCCGCUGCUGCCGCUCGCCUCCCUCCCUCCCUCCUUCCCGCUCGCCGUUGACGAGAGGAAGCCUCAUUUUAUAUAUACACACACAGAGAGAGAGCUCUCCCACCCCACCACCCCCUCUAAGCAACACACACAACCCCAGCUUGUAAUUAACCGGCGAGGAGGUGAAGACGAGAAACCGCGCUUCGUAUUUUAACAGUCGGGGGGGGGGGGGGGGUUCCCUUCGCCAUCGCCGGGAGAUGAAGAAAUUCUUCGACUCACGGCGGGAGGGGAACGCCGGCGGCGGCGGAGGAGGUGGUGGAGGAGGAGGCGGCGGUGGCAGCAGCAGCAGCAGCGGCGGCGCCUUCGUGGGCCGUGUGUACGCCGUGGGACGGCAUCAGAUCACGGUGGAGGAGGUCCUGGCAGAGGGGGGCUUUGCCAUUGUGUUUCUUGUGAAAACAUCGGGCGGAGUUCGCUCUGCACUCAAGCGUAUGUACGUUAACAAUGAACACGAUCUGAAGGUCUGCCAGAGGGAAAUCACCAUCAUGAAAGAGCUGUCCGGACAUAAAAACAUAGUAGGUUAUCUGGACUCCAGUAUUAAUGCCCAGACCUCCAGCGGCGUUUGGGAAGUGCUCAUUCUCAUGGAGAUAUGCCGUGCCGGCCAGGUGGUAAACCAGAUGAAUCAAAGGUUGAGCACAGGAUUCACAGAGUGCGAGGUCCUCAGGAUAUUUUGUGACACCUGCGAAGCUGUUGCCAGGCUUCACCAGUGCAAAACGCCAAUUAUCCACCGUGAUCUGAAGGUUGAGAAUAUCCUGCUUCACGACAACGGAAACUACGUGCUGUGCGACUUUGGCAGCGCCACCAACAAAAUCCUGAACCCUCAAGCGCACGGGGUCAGCGCCGUUGAAGACGAGAUUAAAAAGUACACUACGCUGUCAUACAGGGCUCCGGAGAUGGUCAACUUAUACAACGGCACACCCAUAACAGCAAAGUCCGACAUUUGGGCCCUGGGAUGUUUGCUGUACAAGCUGUGCUUCUUUACGCUGCCGUUCGGGGAGAGUCAGGUGGCAAUAUGCGACGGGAACUUCACCAUACCCGACCACUCCCGCUACUCGCAUGAAAUGCACUGUCUUAUACGCUACAUGCUGGAGCCUGAUCCAGACAUCAGGCCGGAAAUCUACCAGGUGGCCUGCUUUGCAUUCAAGCUUUCUGGCAAAGAGUGUCCCAUUCUGAAUGUCAACGGCCUGUCCCUUCCCAAUAAACUUCCGGAGCCACUGAAAGCAAGUGAAGCUGCUGCCAGGAAGACACAGUCCAAAACCAAACUCACUGAAACGGUUGGCCCCACUGAAACGUCGAUUGCCCCACGACAAAGGCCCAAGGCAGGGCAGACAAAUCCCGGUGCGGUGGGCAUCCUGCCCCUGCAGGCAGUCUCUACGCCCAGGAAGAGGCCUGUGGCAACCGCCGCUGCCGUCGCCACCCAGCCAGCGCCCAUGCCGGUGAACAACUCGUCCAAUGCGACCGCGAGCCAAACGGCUCCUCCGGCAGCCGCCCAGCCUCAGCCGGCGCUGCCGCCAAACGGGCAGCAGCAGCUUCCAGCACAGAACUCACAGCCGGCUCAACCCGCACAGCCUGUUCAGCAAGCUCAGCAGGUCCAGAUUCAGCAGCAGCAACAGCAGCUCCUGCAACAACAGCAGCUGAUCCAACAGCAGCAACUACAGCAGGUUUACCUGCAGCAGCAGCAGAUGAUUCAAGCUCAAGCCCAACAGCAGCUCCAGGCCAUGCAUCCACAGCAGCAGCAGCAGUUCCUCUUGCAGCAGCAACAGCAGCAAAUGUUGCUCCAACAGCAGCUGUACAUGCAGCAGUGUGCAGCCAUGCAACAGGCGGCUCAACAGCAGGCAGCGCAGCAGCAGGCGAUGCUGGCCCAGAUGCAUCAGCCGGCCCAGGCAAGCCAGCAGCAGGGUCCCCGGCUGCUGUCGGUAACGCCGCCCUCGUCCCCCAAGGCGCAGCGAGCGAGCGGCCACCGUCGCAUCCUGAGCGACGUGACCUACAGCUCCGUGUACGGCGUGCCGGCCAGCCGUUCCACGCAGGUCAUGGCGGCCGCCGCCGCGCAAGCCUCGCUCAACAAGUCCAAAUCUGCAAGCACCACUCCGUCAGGUUCCCCACGCUCGUCGCAGCAGGAUGUUAGCCGGUGUGCUGCCAACGCCCCGGACCUCACCACCUGGAAUCCUUUUGGAGACGACUUCACCUCCCUCUCGUCCGAGCGCCUUGCGGGAAACAAGGAGGAAGACGCACGGACCCCUGUCGAUAGCUUGAUUCCUGGCCUACAGGCUCCCCAGACCAAGGUGCAGGUUCAACACCCACCAACGACCACGGGGCAGGUGGCCACGCAGCAAGCUCUGGCACAGACCGACAUUUUCGGUGCCGUGCCCUUUGUUUCCAAAGCAGACAGCGACGCACCAGAGCUGUCCCUUCUCCUUCCGCUCCCUCCUCCCCCUGCAUUCGCUGAUGCCCCCGACCCUUUCUCUCCGCUGCCAGACUCCGACCAUCCAGAAAAACUGAUCCAAGGCCUAAAAUCUCCAGAGCCUUCCCUCUUGCUUCCUGAUCUGCUGCCUGCGUCAGACCCAUUUGGCAGCCCUGGCGAGAGUAUGCAUGGGGAGGCUAACUCCCUGCCGGCUAGCAUUAAGUCUGACCAGGAGGCAGCAGAGCCUAAAGACGAUGAAUUUGAUCCUAUUCCUCUCGUUCCCAGAAAGAGCUCGCCCAGCCAUUCGCGGAACAGCAGUGAGGGCUCAGCGGAGGGUGGGCUGCCCAGCCUAGGGCUGGCUGGUCACGCCGCCUCGCGCGUGGCAAAACCGGCGGCCUUCCGGCGGCCUGGGCAGCAGCAGGCGGCACUCAACGGCCAGUGCCUCUACUCCCCCUUUUAGCCGUGCUGUUGUCAUUGCAGUGCGGCGGGGGAAAGUUGUGGGGAUUCACCAACAGAAUUGCCGCUUAAUGGGAGGCAGUGGGAGAGAACCAGGGGGGGGGGAGGGCACCUAGUGCAAAAAACACAACUGCUCUGCGUGCAUUCGGUUCUUGCAAUGUAUCAACGUCCGUUGGCUUUAAAAUGUUUGCGGCAUAAAUAAUAUUUCCUGUUUUGCUUUGGUAUGGUUUUUUCCCCUUUCACAGGAGAAACUGAGUGGUUUAUUUUCUUUUUUGGUGGAUUGUGAAGCUUUUCCUGUUAUUUUUGAAAAUUUGAAAUUAGGUUGCAGGUUUUUACGAAACCUGAUUAUUUCCGGUUAUUUAAAAAAUAUGGCUUUGAAGUAAUUUUGCACACAAUUUCGAACGUAAGAAUUGUUUUUCUUUUCCAACCUGUGAAGACUUGAUUGUGAUGGAAUGGACCGCAGCUGUCAUUUUAUCUAUUUUGUAAUACUUGUUGGAAGCAAUUGUAUUAGCACCCAUGUAUAUUGGUGAUUAGAUUUUUUGUUUAUUUCUGAUGAUCCUGAGAUAAACAUUUUACAAUGUACACAUAGUUUUCUGUGGAAUUACAUGUCACUAGUGGCAGGUUUAAACCAUUUAAUUAAGCUUAACGAAAAUAAAUUAUGUAUUAUUCUACUCUCCAAAUGCAAGAACGAAAAAUGAUCUCCAAAUCGUUAACCAACACUCUGCACCUUUACGCAGCAAAAAAAAUUAUUGAUUACACAAAUCGCACGAUAAAGUGAACCAUCAUAACUGGUGGAAUUUGACUGCAAAAUAAUUGCGAUGGGAAUUAAAUAAGUGGACGAGUUUCAUUGAUGCCACCGCCUGCACCGUUGUCCACGCUCAGGUGGUGGUGGCCAUGUUCUUCAGAAGACUGUUUUGGUCGCAUUCCUCUAUGAUCUCUCCUUGCACAUGCUUGUCUAUAGAAGUUCACGGGGGGGGGGGAUUUAUUUUUCAUUUGGAAACUGUCCACGUUGACCAGGAUAUGUUAGAUGUCCACGAGGCAGGAUUGACGCUUUCUUAUUUUGUUUUUCUUUUCGCACAAAGGGAAAACAACAAGCGCGUGCCGUCGAUUCGUUGCGUGCGCAGAACGAACGUGUGUAGCGGCGCACGAGAAAACAGACGUCUCCGUUAUUGUGAGCAAACCGAGACGGAUGAUUGCCUCGGAUUGACAUUGUGAAGCCUCGCACAAAACUCUGACCGAGACGGAUGAUUGCCUAGGAUUGACAUUGUGAAGCCUCGCACAAAACUCUGACCGAGACGGAUGAUUGCCUAGGAUUGACAUUGUGAAGCCUCGCACAAAACACUGACUGUGUGUUUUUUUUCUUUCAUUUAAAAUAUUUCAACACUUUAAUUUCAAUGCAGUGCAGCAGUUUUUUGUUGCUGUUGCUUUAAACAGUUUUAAAUCGUUCAGAAAUUAAGUCAUCGCCAUUCCAUAUGCAUUUUAACGUUUCCACAAGAAUCCGGUUUAUCGUGAUCAUUCCAAUUUGAACACACUUCAUUAAAAAUUGGGACCAUUAUGUAGGUGAGGAUAUAAUUUGACUCGUUAAGGUGUUCCAUUUUGUGCUAAAUUACACAAUGUAGCGCUGUUUUAUGCUGCUUGUCCUCACAGCUUAGCUUACGUGUGUAACCUUAGCAGGUGCAAGUUUUUACUUUAAAAAGCCAUUGCAGCAAUGCAGAAUAAUCUUACCUUUCCCUCUGCAAACCCUAAAUCAUCAUCGCCCCCUGCAUGAAAAUAAACGAAUGAAGCAUGCCCGGCGUAAAGCAUUCUAUGUGUUUCAACAAAGCUACAGAUUAUCAAAGGCUUACAUACUGUGACAAGAUGCAAUUUAUUUCUCAGUUUGUUACCGUGAGAUUUUCCGAACCACGGGGCACUCCUUUUGAUGCGACAUUGUAGAACAAGACGUUUAAUUGUCCUCUGUGAAAGGUUGCAUGUUUGAUUGUAAUCCAACAUUACACGUGUAAUUCUAUCUUAAGAAACCUGUUCCUUCACAUUUGGUGCAACCAAUACACAAGUGGAGUGAAAGUGAAUACAGCUGGUCUUUUUGUUAUUUUUUCAGUCCCCUUUCUCAAAGCUGUUUAAUCAUUGCAAACCAAUUUAAAGCUUUCGUGACUGCAGGGAUUCAUAUUCUUGGUUCUUUCGGUAAAGUCACGUAGAAGGGAAAUAAUUAAAAAAAACAUAAUAAAAUACAAUUCUCACGACGUUUCGGCCACAACGUUCUUCACCUGAGGACGGCUGCUUGCGUUGUGGCCGAAACGUCGUGAGAAUUGUAUUUUAUGUUUCAUUUUAUUAUUUUAUUAUUUCCCUUCUACGUGACUUUACCGAAAGAACCAAGAACAUUGAAAACCAGUCAUUUCCUUUUCCCGUUUUACAAAACUCAAUACGAUGCAUUGCCCGUGUUUUACGCCGUUGACUGUCAAUUGGACUAAAAAAACUCAUUCCGUAAUUUUAACAAUUCCUGGCGAUACCAAUCGAUGUGAGCUUGACAGCAUCCCAACAUGUUUGAGGAGGUGCAGCGUCUAAACAAAAAAAGUGCUGUUGUGCAUUACAAAAUACUCGCCCCUGUGUUGUUUAUCUAUCGUGGGGCAUUUGCAAGUCCAAUUCGUGCAUUCAACGAUUCACCACUACCAGACCAACAGUGAUUAUGGCUGAAAAGCUGUACUUUGAGAUAGUUUUUUUCUCCAAAAAUGUAUACGGUGAAAUAGUUUACCCAAAGCAACAUUUAAAAACAAAAAAACUCGGAGGCACUUCCACCGUAUCUGUGUUGACGCUUGCUCGACUGAAGCAUGUCUAAUCCGCAUCUGUUUUCUCAUUUUGUUAAUCUGUUCAGAGCUGAGCAUUUGAUUACUAUGCAAAGCUGUUGUUCCUUCUGAGUUGUAUGUGCUUCAGGAUCAAGUUCUUUUUUUGCCAUAUUUUAAACGUUUACCUCUUAUUUUUUUGUUAUUGUGCGAUUUUUAGUUAUGUACUAUGCAAAAAGCAGAUAUUCCCCCAAAAAUAUUUUGUCUAUCAUUCUUUGGAACUUUUCCCUGUCGUUUGUGUGGUGGUUUUUUUUUCUCUCCUGUUACCUCUUUGAUUUUCUUGUCCAAAAGGAAAGAGAAUGACUCCAUUGCCUCUUUAGCAGCAUUCCCUUCUUCCCCGUAUAUUUUCAUGAAAUGAAAAUGUUGUUCACCCUCUUGUCGCGGUUGUGUUUGGAGGAAAAAAUGUUUCGUGCGGUUUCCUAAAUGCACAUUGUUGAUGUGUUAAGUCCCAAUCUUUACAACAAAAAAACAACAGUAUGAUUAGUUGCUUGGAAAUGUUUUGUGUAAGGAAUCCACCUCCUGUCCCAUAUAAUGGACAAAUGCUCUGAAAAAAUCCUUUCUGUUGAAAAAAGAUUUAAUCUUGGAAUCCUUAAAUGGGUCUGUUAUUUGCGUGACUACUUUAUGAGAUUGUGUAAAGCACUGUAUCGGAAAAUUGAAUCAAGAAAGUUGUAAAUCCGCCUCGCCACGUGCGUGUACAGGGGUGCAAGUGAUCGUCUCCUGUCUGUAUUAAUUUUAGUGUUAUUAAUGUGUUCUCUCCAAAUGAAUGUUCUCAUGCUCACUGUUUGCUUUUGCGUACCAGGCAAGUCUGUCCGACUUGAACAAGGCAUUGUUGUAACUGCUGAAUUCUGAUGUGUAAAACCAUUACAAAGGGUUCAUUAGUAGGAGCCCACUUAGCUGCUUUGAGUGAUGUGUAGUGAAUGUGAAAUUGUGUACGCCAGUUUAUAGUCGGCCAUUUCAAAAAGCUACUGUAAAAGGCAAUUCGCUACCACCGUCGGAUGGUGGCGUGCGGUGAUUUUAUUAUAUCAAAUGUACAAAAAAUUGUGUGCUUGAAGCUGUUUAUCAAUAAAGUUCCUGUUACUUCAA